GACGACAGAGUUGGUUGGUGAGGGAAACAUGGCUGCUAAAGGAGGAAAACAGAGCCGUUCAGGCUCCGGCUUUUCGAGUAGAAAAGGCACAGGCGACCAAGAGGAAGAGGAGCAGCCGCUGCAGGCCGUUUUAGUCGCUGACAGCUUCAACCGGAGGUAUUUCCCGGUGACCAAAGACCAGCCAAGGGCUUUGCUGCCUCUGGGAAAUGUUGCCAUGAUUGACUACACUCUGGAGUUCCUCACGUCCACCGGCGUGCAGGAAACCUUCAUCUUCUGCUGCUGGAUGGCCAGUAAAAUCAAGGCACAUUUACUGAAAUCAAAGUGGUGUCGGCCCACCUCUCCAAACACAGUCCACAUCAUCACCUCUGACCUGUACCGCUCCCUCGGGGAUGUGCUCAGGGAUGUGGAUGCAAAGUCACUGGUGCGCUCUGACUUUGUCCUGGUUUACGGAGAUGUGGUUUCCAAUAUUGAUGUCAGCCAGGCACUACAGGAGCACAGGCAUCGCCGGAAGACGGAUAAGAACAUCUCAGUGAUGACUAUGAUCUUUAAGGAGUCAUCGCCGGGUCACAGGUCUCGCUGUGAAGAGGACGACGUCAUUGUGGCCAUGGACAGCAAGAGUCAGCAGAUUUUACACUACCAGAAGACGCAGGGCAUGAAAAAGCUCCAGUUUCCCAUGAACAUUUUCCACAGUGGAAGCGAUGAGUUUGAAAUCAGACACGACCUUCUCGAUUGUCACAUCAGUAUCUGUUCCCCACAGGUUGCCGAGCUCUUUACUGACAAUUUUGAUUAUCAAACGAGGAACGACUUUGUCAGAGGGAUUCUCGUCAAUGAAGAGAUCCUGGGCAAUCAGAUCCACAUGCACGUCACCAAAGACGGCUACGGCGCCCGGGUGUCGAACCUGCUCAUGUACGACUCGGUGUCGUCGGACUUCGUGCGCCGGUGGGUGUACCCCCUCACCCCCGAGGCCAACUUCACAGACCAGGAGGGCCGCAGCUGCACGUACUCGCGCCACAACGUCUACCGGGGGUCCGGGGUGAGCCUGGGCCACGGCAGCCAGAUGGAGGAGAACGUCCUCAUCGGCUGCGACACCAGCAUCGGCGCCAACUGCUCCAUCUCCAACAGCGUCAUCGGGAACAACUGCACCAUCGGCGACAAUGUAAUCCUGGACCACGCCUACAUCUGGAGCAACGUUCACAUCGCCAGUAACGUGGUGAUCAGCCAGUCUGUGGUCUGCGACAAGGUUGAGGUCAAAGAGGGAGUCACCCUCAAAAAACAGUGUGUCCUGGCGUACAAUGUGGUGAUUGGACCAAACGUCUCCCUCCCAGAAGGCACGGUGGUGUCCAUGCACCACCCGGAGGAGGAGGAGGAUGAGGACGAUGACGAGUUCCUCAGUGACGACGCACAAGUCGGUCAAAGCAAAGACAAAACCAAACAGAAAGUUUUCAACCCGGCAGAAGUGGGAGCGGAUGGAAAAGGCUACAUCUGGAAGGCCAGCAGUCUGGACGACACAGAAGACGAAGAGCUGUCGCAGUGUCUCUGGGGUUUGGUUUUGAAUCCGGAUCCAGAGAGCGACAGCGAGGACAGUGAGCCCGACGGUCCUGACGACCUGGUCAUUCCCUCCCCUGAGAUGGACGACGUUAAAGUCUUCCAGAUGGAGGUGCUCGGGACUCUGCAGAGAGGUUUGGAGGAGAACAUCAGCUGCGAUAAUCUGGUGCUCGAGAUCAAUUCUCUAAAGUACGCCUACAACAUCACCCUGAAGGAGGUGAUGCAGAUUUUAACCAGAGUGAUCCUGGAGUACCCGUUCCAGCAGCAGGGCGCGAAUCUCACACCUUCACAAUAUGUUACUCUGGUCCUACCGCUGUUGAAGAAAUGGGCACCAGUGUUUAAGAACUACGUGAAAAGAGCACAGGACCAUAUGGACUGCCUGUCGGCCUUCGAGGAGCACUUCCUGGAGCACGAGAGCCACUGGGCCGCCAUGGUCAAGGUCCUCAUGAACAUGUACCAGCUGGAGAUCCUGGAGGAGGAGAUCAUACUGCGCUGGUUUUCUCAGGGAGCGACCACUGACCAGAGCAGGAAGCUCCGCAAGAACCAGGGGCUUCAGAAGUUCAUCCAGUGGUUGGAAGAAGCCGAGGAGUCGUCAGAGGAAGACGGAGAGUAAAAAAGGAGCCCUCACUAAGCUAAAAGUCAACUCUGUCGAGCUUUCAGACUUGACAGAGGCACUUUCAGUGACUAAAGGAACUUUCUGUGUCCACUCACCAUCUGAAUCCAUCCUGACAAAACACUCUUCUCCUGCUGUGUACAGGCUCUGUGUGAUGAGUGUCAAAACUCAAAUGUUGAUAAAAGGAAUCAC